AUGCAGGACUACUCAGGCCACCAGGGUGGGCACAACAGCCACAAUGGCCACAACGGUCAGGGCCGCUUCGGUCAUGCCUCCAAGCCUUCCAACAGCGACACCGGCUUCUCCCACGGCGCCUUUACUUCCAACAUCUCCGGCUUCGCUGAAAGGCACCCCCGCCGCGGCAACAUUCCUUCGAUCAACACGCAGCCCAUGCAGCAGCAGAACUCCCACCACAGCCACAACCACAAUGGCCAAGAUCUGACCAGCCCCGGUACCGCCUUUGACAUGCAGUUCACUCCUUUGCUGCCCUCUACUCUUCUCGUCGGGAGCCCCUUUCAACCGGGCACCCCCUCUGGCUUCGCUAGCCCCCAGUUCCAGAGCAUUUCUGCCUUCCAGCAGCAGCAACAGCAGCAGGUUUACCAGUCGCAGAACGGCGCCGCCAGCCCGGUCCAGCAGCACAUCUCCCCCCAGAUGUACCAGCCCAUCGUUUCGCCCUCCGCUUACGGCGCGCCUCAGUUCUAUGCCCCCCAGUCGCCCACGGCUUCGUACAACAACAUGGCGCAGAUGCAGAUGCCUGUGCAGCCGCAGUCUCCGGUCAACAUGGGCCCUGGCAUGGUUACCGGCACCAGCCGUACCGUUUACCUGGGCAAUAUCCCCCCUGACACCUCUGCUGAGGAGAUUCUUGGACACGUUCGCAGCGGUCAGAUCGAGUCCGUGCGGUUGCUCCCGGACAAGAACUGCGCUUUCAUUUCCUUCUUGGACGCGAGCUCCGCCACGCAUUUCCACUCUGAUGCCAUCUUGAAAAAGCUCUGCAUCAAGGGGCAGGAUAUCAAAAUUGGCUGGGGCAAGCCUUCGCAGGUUCCUACCUCGGUCGCUCUCGCCGUUCAGCAGUCUGGAGCCUCUCGCAACGUCUACCUUGGUAACCUGUCUGAGGAGGUCACAGAGGAGGAGCUGCGCGAGGACCUUGGAAAGUUCGGUGCCAUUGACACCGUCAAGAUUGUCAAGGAGAAGAACAUUGCCUUUGUGCACUUCUUGUCCAUUGCCAAUGCGAUCAAGGCCGUCGCCCAGCUUCCCCAGGAGGCAAAGUGGGCGGCCCCGCGCCGUGUAUACUACGGCAAGGACAGAUGCGCCUACGUCUCCAAGACACAGCAGCAGAAUGCCGCGCAGUACCUUGGCAUCUCGCCGGGUUAUGCGCACAUGCUCAGUGGUGCGGAUCGCGAUUUGAUUUCCAGCGCCCUUGCUCAGCAGUCGGUUGCUGCCGCCGCUGUCGCCACUACCGCUGGCGGUCUCAACAACCUAGGCAACCGCACCAUCUACCUCGGCAACAUCCACCCCGAGACUACCAUUGAGGAGAUCUGCAAUGUCGUCCGCGGGGGUCUGUUGCAUCACAUUCGCUACAUCCCCGACAAGCACAUCUGCUUCGUCACCUUCAUCGACCCCACUGCGGCCGCUUCCUUCUUCGCCUUGAGUAACCUUCAGGGCUUGAUGAUUCACAACCGCCGGCUGAAGAUUGGUUGGGGCAAGCACUCCGGUGCCCUUCCACCUGCCAUUGCUCUGGCUGUCAGCGGCGGCGCUUCUCGUAACGUCUACAUCGGCAACCUCGACGAGACGUGGACCGAGGAGCGCUUGAGGCAGGACUUCUCCGAGUAUGGCGAGAUCGAGCUCGUCAACACGCUUCGCGAGAAGAGCUGCGCGUUUGUGAACUUCACCAACAUCGCCAACGCCAUUAAGGCUAUCGAGGCUGUCCGUUCCAAGGAGGAGUACAGGAAGUUCAAGGUGAAUUUUGGCAAGGACCGCUGUGGCAACCCGCCUCGUCAGAUGCAGCAGCAGCAGCAGCAGCAGCAGCAGCAGAACAACCAGCAACAGCAGAACAACCAGGUCCCCUCGCCCCAGGUGAACGGUGCUAGCCAGAACGGCAAUUCGCCUACUUCCAAUGGCGCUCCCGGUCUCCCUGCCCUGUUCAGCCAGCACAACCCCUUGACCAUGUACCUUAACCACGUCAGUCAGCAAGCUCAGCAUCAGCAGCAGGUCCACCACCAGUCUCUUGCCCCUUACCAGGCCGCCCUUUUCGGCACCGCCUCGUCCUCUCCCAACGAGCAGCCCGGCAUGAGCCUCGAGGUUCCCCAGGGUCCUUCCAUGUCCGGCCACCAGCAGUCCGCCAGCAUCUCGAACGUCAACGGCUUCAUGUCCAACGGCUCUGGCGCUCCCACCAUGAACGGCCUGCUUGCUCCCGGGCGUUCUUCGCACAACAGGGCUGUGAGCUUGCCCGUCCUUGCCCCCGGCUUUGAGAACGGCGGUACCAGCCCCAACAGCCUUCAUGGUAGCAAUGAGGGUAACGGCGAAAGUCAAAGGCGUGGCCACCAGUACCAGGCCAGUUACGGCGGUAUGGGCACCGGGUUUGGUUUGGCCAUUCAGGGAAACCUUAACCAGUGGGCUGAGGAGGAGGUCGCUAACUAA